UUAACAUUCAAUAAAAAGGGACAAAGCUGUCGUUCGAUUGACUUUGGAACAAUAUAUGAACAGGAAAACGUUUGGAAAAUCGUUUCACCGUUGUCUCUAUGUUUAAGCUGUUCCAUUCCUGAGCAUCUUGUAUCGAAACGUCCAAACAUUCCACUCAGUGCAGUCAUGCUGGACACGAUGAGGAUACAUCCAUGCAUUGCAAUGGAAGGCGGCAGCAGCCUGUAGCACAUGGACUGUGAAAAUGGUGAAGGCGCUAAAGGACAUGUGCCUCCACUGUGUCCAGCACAGCCUGGAACACAUCCCAAACUUGCAGCACAACUUACCCACUUUGUACAAAGAGAUCCUCAUUGAACGACUGGCCAACCAUGACAUGUUUUAUCAGCAUUACCGACCAUUCAUUGCCAGUAAUUUGUUUUGUGAGAACUUACGUUACAUCAAGCUAUACAAGUGUAGUCAGAUAGACAACGAGUGCCUUAUAUCACUGUCUCGCGCCCGGUGUCAACUGGAGGUCAUCACCAUCCACAGAUGUGAGAAUGUCUCAGAUGCUGGAAUACUUGCAUUGACGUCAGCCCAAACAUCGUUACGGAAGCUGGAACUUCAGGCGUUGCCACAUCUGACAGGCCAGGGACUGUCUCAGAUUACCUCCCCUUGUUUGUGGAAGGCUGACUUCCGUGGCUGCCAUGCUUUAUUGAACAAUGGUAUUGCAACACUUGUGCAGAAGAAUCCGUCCCUUCAACAUCUGGUGCUGGUGGACUGUCCGAAGAUAGAUGAGAAGAUAUUCUCUAUAGUAGCUGUCUCUCUUCAAGCUUCUCUGGAGGAGGUGGAGACCAGUCUGCACACCGUCACCGACGACAGCCUCCUGCAGCUGGCAACCCACUGUCCAAACCUCCAACGGUUGGACUUGAAUGGGUGUACCAGGGUGGGCAAAGAUGCACUGAUAAAGUUGUUUCAGGGAUGUCCUCAUCUGGAGAAGCUGGACCUGUCAUACUGCAACCGUCUCCGCCAACACCCAGAGAGUGAGGUGCUGUGGACGUUGCCGCAGUCGCUGCGAGAGCUCUCUCUGUGCGGCAUUCUCUUGGAAGACGAAGGCAUAUUUGUGGAGUGUCUGCAACGUCUCCGUAACAUCAACUCCAUCAGACUUUGUGGGGUCUCUGCCUUAAAUGAUGACACUCUCACAAAGGUGUUGGAGCACAUCGGGGGCAAGUUGUCCCUGCUGGACCUGAGUGGAGGCAUCACAAGGAAGCUGACGGACCGGGGGUUGGCGGCGGUGGCCCGGUACUGCACCAGCCUGGAGUCCCUCUCCAUCAGCCUCCUCCACAUGCCCACGGGGAUCACCCUCAUGCCCCUCUUCAAGGACCGGGACAGGGCACUCCAGCUCAAGAAGCUCUACCUCAGCUGCAACAUGAUAGACCUGGAACUGUUACACAAGAUAGCUGCCUCCUGCCACCACCUUGACCAACUGGACCUGUCUGGACUGGUGUGCGUCACGGACGACCUGCUGUCACAGCUGGCCCACAACUGCCGGCACAUCUCCCACCUCAGCAUCAAAGGCUGCAGACAGGUGACGGACUAUGGCGUGUGUGAGGUGGUGCGGUGUUGUCCUCUUCGCCGUCUGGUUGUGUCCGGCAUCAACAACCUGACUGACAAGUCCCUCUUUGCCCUGGCCAACAGCAACCCCUACCUUGAAGAGAUCUAUCUCAAUGGCUGCUCGAAGACAACUCCCAUGGCCAUUAAAUAUCUCAUGGACUGCUGUGUGCCCCGGCUGUACGUCCAACACUGUGUUCCCAACGCUGUCCCCGACCAGCUGAUGGCCAAGAACCUGGACACCGGCGAGUUCUGUCGAGCUGACCUCCUCCAUACAUCCUAACAGAGUCCUGUACAACGCUGUGCAAGAUGAACUGCUUGCAGGAACAUGUACUGGACAACUUUGUUGCAGGAUGAUCACAUUGCGAGCUGACCUCCAUACAUCCUAGCAGCGCCUGUCCAAUGCUGUGGUAGAUGAAAUGCUUGCAGGAACAUGUACUGGACAACAUUGUUGCAGGAUGAUCACCUUGCGAGCUGACCUCCUCCAUACAUCCUAGCAGUGUCCUGUACAACGCUGUGCAAGAUAAAAUGCUUGCAGGAACAUGUACUGGACAACUUUGUUGCAGGAUGAUCACAUUGCGAGCUGACCUCCAUACAUCCUAGCAGCGCCUGUCCAAUGCUGUGGAAGAUGAAAUGCUUGCAGGAACAUGUACUGGACAACAUUGUUGCAGGAUGAUCACCUUGCGAGCGGACCUCCAUACAUCCUAGCAGUGUCCUGUCCAAUUCUGUGGAAGAUGAAAUGCUUGCAGGAACAUGUACUGGACAACAUUGUUGCAGGAUGAUCACCUUGCGAGCGGACCUCCAUACAUCCUAGCAGCGCCUGUCCAAUGCUGUGGAAGAUGAGAUGCUUGCAGGAACAUGUACUGGACAACUUUGUUGCAGGAUGAUCACCUUGCGAGCUGACCUCUAUACAUCCUAGCAGUGUCCUGUCCAAUUCUGUGGAAGAUGAGAUGCUUGCAGGAACAUGUACUGGACAACAUUGUUGAAGGAUGAUCACCUUGCGAGCUGACCUCUAUACAUCCUAGCAGUGUCCUGUCCAAUUCUGUGGAAGAUGAGAUGCUUGCAGGAACAUGUACUGGACAACAUUGUUGCAGGAUGAUCACCUUGCGAGCGGACCUCCAUACAUCCUAGCAGUGUCCUGUCCAAUUCUGUGGAAGAUGAAGAUGUCCAAUGCUGUUGCAGGAUCAGCAUGUACCAUGAUUAACACCUUUCAGGAAAUUUGUUGUACAAUAUGGUUGCUGGAUCAGCACUUAACAGGAACUAGCAUCUCUUAGAAUAUGAUGAAAUACCUCAGAUGGUACACUAGAUCAUUUUAAUCAAAAUUUUAUCAGCAAAUGACCGUUGAUAUGGUUGAUGCGACUUUGAGUGGAUGAGUGAGAGAAUGGAUGAAAUGUUAUCUUGUAUACUGGGUGCCUGUAUUCUUUUCUGGCAGGGUGAAUCCUGCAUUUGUUGUGAUAUAUAUAUGUAAUUUGUAAUAUAUUAUAUUUCAUCAGAAAGUUAUGACAUCAUUACUCACCAACGAUAAUGUGACCUUCAUGUCCGAUCUACCAUGCAUUAGCUGUGCGGGGGCACAGGUGGCCCAGUCGUCUAAGGCGCCA